UGCUGCAAGAAACGAAACCUCAUCGAGGGAUAUAGAAAAUGUUUCAAACUCUACCGACCAAAGUCUUGAUGAUAUAAAUCUUUCGAAUAAUACAUCGUGUACAUUAGAGUGCGAGACGGAAAGCAUACACACAGAAAUGCGCGAUACAAGUUCAACUAAAGUUCGAGAUGAAUUGAAAAUACCACAAAAUGACACUGGAACUACAAAUAACUCUUUGUGCACAUCUUUCUGUCCCUCGACGUGCAAGUGUUUUGGUAGAAGUAUGCAAUGCGUUGACAGGGAUUGUUCAGUUUUGACAAGGGUUAUCACACUUCACAAUGUCAACUGCGAUGUUAUUGAUGUAGUCGGUUUUGACAGUCGAUAUAUUUUUAGGCUCAACAUUUCCAGUUCCGUAAUAGGAAACUUGUCGGUAAGUCCCAAGAAUAAUCGGAUAAUGUUUCACAAUAUUCGUAUCGAAGAUACAACUGUAGAUACCAUUUUGAUUGAACGACCGUCUUCUAAGUUAAAGUACUUACAUAGUAUACAACUAAAGAAUUGCACAAUUGGAACUAGUAUAAAUGGAUACGAUGUUCAUGGAUUCAAAUUGUUUCACAUAUACAGAAAAUCUGCCUUUGCAUUUCACAUAAAGUCUUUGAUCAUGAACUUGUCUACAGAGAUUGUCACAGCGUCAGUAAACUUUCCGGAUGAUAUCUAUUUGGAAGUUGGAUUCAAUGAUAUGGUAAAUUUUAGUAAUUGUGGACUGACGGAUAAAGCUCAGAUUUCUCCUUUUACGUCUCAGAUUGUAGAUGUAAGCCAUAACUUUCUCAAGCAGUACAUGUAUCGACCAAUGGCAGUGACUGCUUUGUACAUUCAACACAAUUUACUAUCUUCUAUGAUCGUAUCAGACAAUCUGAGUUUAAAUCAAUAUGAUAAUCUAGAGGUUCUCGAUAUAUCUUACAACCGUAUUUCGGAACUAAAAGAUGGUGACUUAUUUUUUGCAAAACUGUUUUACCUUAACCUCAGAGGAAACCAGAUACGCGCUAUUGACGCUGAUGUUUUCUUGGAAACCACCAAACUUGUAUUUCUUGACCUAUCAAGAAAUAAAAUUUCUCGAAUUAUCACUGGGAUCUUCCAACCACUAGAAUUUUUACAAGAGCUGUACAUUCAAGAAAACGAAUUCCAAGUUUCUGACGGCAUGUUUGAUGGAUUAAAAAGAUUGAAAUUAAUGCAAGUGGAAUUCUUUUCCAUAUGCUGCUCCAAACCAAAAUCUCUCAAUCAGUUGCGGUGUAUUGCACCUGGGAAUGAGAUUUCAUCCUGUGAUAAUCUUAUUGAUGUAUCACUUCUAAGUGUUACGAUUUGGUACAUAGCUUUCAUGGCAACCUUUGGAAACUUUGUUGUUUUGACAUAUAAUGUCCACUACCUGAAAAACAUGCCACCUGAUAAAUACACAGUAUUCAUAGUAAACCUGAGUCUGGCCGACUUUUUAAUGGGCAUCUAUUUGAACAUCUUGGCGAUAAUUAAUCAGAUGUACACGGGGAGGUAUGGACUAGCUGACUACGCAUGGAGGCACAGUGUUACGUGCACUGUAAGUGGGAUUAUCGCUACAUUGUCGAGCGAGGCGUCAGCUCUGAUGGUAUUUCUUAUCACUCUUGAUAGAUUUAUCGCAGUAAAAUAUCCCUUCUCAAAACUGCUGUUCAGCGUAAAGACUGCUUCCAUCCUGUCUCUUGUAGCCUGGGUGUUUUCACUUGUUCUGUCCCUGAUUCCAUUGCUUCCUGUUCCAGACUUUAAAGAUUUUUACGCCCGCUCUGGAAUCUGCAUCUCUCUUCCACUCUCUGCAGUAAGAAAGUCGGGCUGGGAAUACUCCAUGAUCAUAUUUGUUGGCUUUAAUUUCUUCCUUUUCCUCGGAAUUUUAGUCGGACAGAUAAGUAUCUUUGCAGAAGUUUUACGAUCGGGGAGAAGCGUGAGAUCCAGCAAGUCAAUGCAGAGGGAGAAAGCUCUGGCUGUAACAGUGUUUGGUGUAGUACUGACUGACAUUUUAUGUUGGAUCCCAGUUGGAACAAUAGGCAUGUUGACCUUUUUUGGUAUGGCCGUUCCCCCAGAUGUGUACGCCUGGAUUAUUGUGGUGGUUUUACCCAUCAACUCGGCCCUCAAUCCACUGCUCUACACCCUAACAGCAAUUAUCGGUAGAAUGAGAAGACGGGAAUCUGAUGUAGUUUCACAGUUAAAGCAUCAACUGGCAUAUUGGAAGUCAAAAAAUGGUUGUCCAUCAGAUGUCACCGUCUUUGAGAUACAAGAAGGAAAUGCAACUCAGAAAAGUUCCUAAAAUUUUGGAGUAAUGGAGACAUGACCGUCCUACAAACUCGGUGUUUCCUUUUCGUAGAUGUCCUGAUUGUCAUCACAAAAGUUUGGAUGCAUUUGCAAGAUUAUGGACAACGUAAAACAUCGUGUUUAAAGAAAAUCAAAGACACAUAAUUAUACAGCUCAUAGCUGAACAAUUACAUGAAGUGUUUAAAACUUGUGAGAGAUGUGUUCACCGAACUCACUAAUUUAGGAAGUGAAUUGGAUUAAGAAGACUAUGAAAUAUUCAUAAACUUUGUAAAUGCAAUGUUUCGAUCAGGGAGAUUUGCAACCUCUACAGGAUUUUAUCUCAAUUUUCUUAGAUUUAGAAUUUUCUAAAAGUAACAAAAAUGAACAGGUCAUAACCCUGUUAUUAGCAUCGCGACCUUCUACUUCCACUGGGUUAGGGUUGUUUUCGUCCUCCUCCUCUUCCCAAUGUCCCUCUUCAACGGCCUUUGCCCAAUCCUCAUCUUCCACCAGUUCCUAUUCAGGACAUUCAAUACCCUGGUUCUCCUAAAGUAGUUUUAUUUGCUAUUGAAUAUCUAUGAAGAAAAUAAACUUGAGUCUAUAAAUGAUGAAUCGUUUCCAAUUACGUUUAUUAAAGGAAUUGAAUUAUUUAAACAGUACUUAUCAUAAAGUUUGAGCUUUAACAUGCAUUACACGUUUAUUUUAACGUAUGAGAGACAAAAUUAUUUGUUUCUGGCAGGCACGAACAAAUAACAAGAGGCCCACAGACCUUACCGGUCACCUGAAUACUAGUGAAAAAGUAUCACUACUUCCAUGGGCUAUGAAAUCUAGAAAAAAAAUCCUGUUCUGAAUAUCUAAGCUAACUUUUAAUGUUCAGCAACAGUAUAAAACAAGAUGUGUUCUUAAAACUUCACUGCCCUCAAAAGUGCAUACACUGAUGAAAGGCUUUACAUAAUAUAAUAGGUGUAUAAACAUUUUAAAUAAAAAAAACAUCAAAAGAUAUGACUAAUUUGGAUUCAUACUAAAGUCAUAACCCUGGGUUGUGAAAUUCACCAUUUUUUGUACAUCCUUUUCUGCUAUUCCUAAAUAUGCAUUUAGAUUUUAUACAGUAUCAGCAAACUUACACAUAAAUACUAUAUACUAAGUUUGGCCCCACUCUGGGGUCAAAACCCCUACUUUGGGGAAAAUUAAAUUUACCAUUUUGGUAAAAGACUACCUGCUCUAUACAUUUAGUUUCAAUUUAGUAUCAAAAGCACUAAAGAAAAUGUAAUUUAAGUGUUUUACACAUAAACACUAUAUAACAAGUUUGGCCCCACUCUGGGGUCAGAACCCCUACCCCCGCAUCAUGAAAUUUACAAUUUUGGUAGAGGCUUUCCUGCUCUACAUCACUAUACAUUUAGUUUUUCUUACAUGUAUGUGGUUCUUGAGAAGAAGAUUUUUGAAAAUUGGUCAUUUUUUGCCUUGCCCCUAAGGCCCCUGGGGUGCAGGAAUCCUGAAAUUUACAAUUUAUGUUCCCCUUGUUCCAAAUAUGUUUCAUACCAAAUUUGAAAAGAAUUGGAAAUGAUAUUUAUCAAGAAGAAGUUAAAAUGUCUAUUGUUCACACAUUUAAUAACUGAUCAUUUUGGCCCCACCCUGAUAAUAAAACCGCUACCCCUGGGGUCAUCAAAUUUACAAUUUUGGUAAAGGACUACCUGUUUUUUCUAAAUAUUUAUUUACAUUCAAUUUAAUAUCAAUAGCACUAAAGAAAAUGUUGCUAUAUAGUGUUUAUGUAUAAAACACUAUAUAGCAAGUUUGGCCCCACCCUGGGCUCAAAACCCCUACCCCGGGGAUCAUGAAAUUUACAAUUUUGGUAGAGGCCUUCCUGCUCUACAUCACUACACAUUUAGUUUUUCUUACAUGUGUGUGGUUCUUGAGAAGAUUUUUGAAAGUUUGUCAUUUUGGGGCAGUUUUUGCCCUGCCCCUAAGGCCCCAGGAAUCCUGAAAUUUACAAUUUAUGUUUCUCUUGUUCCAAAUAUGUUUAAUACCAAAUUUGAAAAGAAUUGGAAUAAUAGUUAUCAAGAAGAAGUUAAAAUGUAUAUUGUUCACACAUUUAAUAACUGACCAUUUUGGCCCCACCCUGAUAACAAAACCCUUACCUGUGGAAUAAUCAAAUUUACAAUUUUGGUAAAGGACUACCUGUUCUUUCUAAAUACAUAUUUAUUUUCAAUUUAGUAUCAAUAGCAUUAAAGAAGAUGUAAUUUAAGUGUUUUACACACAAACUCUAUAACUCGUUUGGCCCCGCCCUGGGGUCAAAACCCCUACCCCGGGGAUCGUGAAAUUUACAAUUUUGGUAGAGGCCUUCCUGCUCCACAUCACUAUGCAUUUAGUAUUUCUUAUAUGUGUGUGGUUCUUGAGAAGAAUAUUUUUGAAAAUUGGGCAGUUUUUGCCGCACCCCUAGGGCCCCAGGGGUGCUGGAGUUCUGAAAUUUACAAUUUAUGUCCCCCUUGUCUCAAUAAUGCUUCAUACCAAAUUUGAAAAGAAUUAGACUGUUAGUUAUUUAGAACAGUUUAAAAUGUUCAAUUGUUAACGCACGACGGACGAAAACCAAUUGCAAUAGGUCACCUGAGUUUACUCAGGUGACCUAAUGAUAAGAGCUAUAUUAUCAUUUUGACUUUCGGACAAUUAUACAAUUAACAAAUAAAUAAGAAAUGUAAUGUGUUGUAGUUUAUAAUUAAAAUGCAUUAAAAUCAUAUUUGUGCAAUUUAUUUUCGU